AUGGAGAAGACUGGAGAGGGCGAAGUGAUUGUUGACGGAGUAGCCAUGGGGCCGGCAGUGCUACCACGGUGCGUGUGGGCAAACACCUCCAUUGACAGCCACAGCGGAGAGUGCACCAUGGGCUUCUCGGAGCUGCUCCACACCAUCGGCGGCAUGGGGAAGUUCCAGAUCCUUCAAACUGCCCUCAUGAUGUUCCCCGCCCUCCUGAUUAGCUGUCACAGCUUUCUGCAGAACUUCACCGCCGUAACCCCAGAGCAUCACUGCCGGCCGGCCAAUUGGACCAAUGGGUCUCAUGUCCUGGGCGGUGUGGGGGAUGGGGACUUACUGAGGGUCUUCAUCCCCAUGGACGAGGAUCAGAAACCUGAGCGGUGCCUGCGGUUCUCUGAGCCCCAUUGGCAGAUCCUAAGCUUCAACGACACCUCCUCUUUAAGCUUGGACACCGAGGUCUGCCUGGACGGGUGGGUGUAUGACCAGAGUGUUGCCUCCUCCAUCGUUUCUGAGUGGGACUUGGUGUGCAAGCACAAGUCACUGAAGUCCAUUGCCCAGUCCAUAUACAUGAUGGGACAGCUGGUCGGAGCUACUGUCUUUGGCGUCUUCUCUGACAGGUGUGGACGCAAGACAGCGCUGCAGAGCGGGAUACUGCUGAUGAUCGCCACGGGCACGAGCGCCGCUUUCUCGCCCAGCUUCCUGGCCUACUGCGUGCUCAGGUUCCUCAGCGGGCUGGCCAUGACCGGCAUCAUUAUCACCAGCCUCUGCCUCGCCAUGGAGUGGACCCCGACGCAGAGGCGGACGCUGGUGAAUAUCUACACCAUGCACAUGAUCACAUUGGGCCAGGUGGUCCUCGCGGGCCUGGCCUACCUCAUCCGCCCCUGGCGCUGGCUCCAGGGCACCCUCUCUGUCGCCUAUGUGAUCAUUCUUCUGUACUCCUGGGGUCUGCUAGAAUCGGCUUGCUGGCUCAUCACCCACAACAAACUUGACAAGGCUGUGAAAAAUCUGCAGGCUGUGGCAAGAUUAAAUGGCAGAAAGGAGCAGGGGAGGAAACUCACUCCAGAGGUAGUAAGGCUCCACAUGCAGGAGGACACAGCAGCCAUCAAGGAGGCCCCAUUCCUCCUCGAUCUUUUCCGCACUCCGGGACUCCGCAGGACAACUUGCUGUAUCGCCCUGGGAUGGUUUUCCGUAGGCUUCUCCUAUUAUGGGCUGGGUUUGGAUGUGCAGAAAUUUGGGUUCAACAUCUACUGGACACAAGUGCUGUUUACAGUCGUGGAUUUCCCCAUGAAGCUGGUGACGGGCCUGAGCAUGGGCUACUUUGGCCGCCGAAUCACUGCCAUCUCUUUGCAGCUGGUGGCCGGUUGCGUGAUCCUUGUCACCGCAUUUCUUCCUCGAGACUUGAAUACCUUUAAGAUGAUCCUCUGUUUGUUUGGGAAAGGGAGCCUGGCCGGCUGUUUCAGUUGUCUCUACCUAUACACCAUGGAGCUCUUCCCAACUGAAGUCAGACAGAUGGGGAUGAGUGCUGGGAUCUUCAGCACACGCCUGGGCUCCCUCUUGUCCCCCCUGGUCUACAUCCUGGGCAACCAUAGCCCAGUGCUACAGCCGGUGAUGUUUGGCCUGGUCCCUAUCCUGGCAGCCACAACGGGCUCCUUCCUGAUAGAGACAAACAACCGGCCAUUGCUGAACACCAUCCAGGAGACAGAGAAGAGAGUGAAGAUGGCUCGUGACAAGCAAAGAAACGUCAGUGAAAAUACCACAAAGAAAGGAUUGGCCUCACUUCUCCCAGAAAAGACAAAAGUAGAAUGCACAGUGUGA